GAAGAAGUUACCGCUUGCGUUAUCUCGUCUCAGUGAAGCUGCUGUAAAGUGGGAAGUUGCCGAAAGGCUUAUUAUAACCUCUUAUUUUGGUCCUCGCUCGCAUUGUCGGACGUGCGGUAUAGAGGCGACCUUUUAGGUACUUCCGUGUUCAAGCCGUCCACCUUCGUGAGUAUGAUUGGCUGCCGCUCAUCUCGUGCAAGUUGCUCUUAAUUUUGAUUGGAGCAUUGAUGUGACGCCCAUUGAGUGACAGGUCGACGGAGGAUUCACAACGAGGACAGCCGCUACUCAGGAGAGACAGAAGACGGCCUAACCUGUAACAAAGCAUUUUGGGAAACUCCACAUGGAUUGUUCAUGUUGAACUUUUCUCUUCCUAAGCUGAGUGGAGCAGUGGUGCGUUUGAGGAGACUAGCAGCUCAACUCAGCAAAGCCACCAUGUCUACAAACCACCAGGGUUCCAGUUCAUCCUCUGCAGCCAGUGGCCCCACUGCAGCCAUUCUCAUCAUUGGAGAUGAGAUACUCAAGGGUCACACAGUGGACACCAACAGUACCUUCCUGACACGAGCGCUAAGGAAGCUUGGGGUGUCUGUCCAGCGCAUAACAGUCAUACCAGAUAUAAGAGAGGUCAUAGCAAAAGAGGUGGCCCUCCUCUCACCUCAGUACACACACCUCAUCACUUCGGGAGGAAUAGGCCCCACCCAUGACGAUGUCACCUUCGAGAGCAUUUCCAUGGCUUUCCAGGAGGAGUUGUAUCCUCACCCUGACCUCACCCGGCUGGUUGAAGAGUUCUUUGGGGUGGUUGACGAGAAUUCAGCCGCUAUGAAGUUGGCUAUGGUGCCUCGCUCGGCCAAACUCAACUAUGGAACGGACUCUCAGACUGGAAAGCCUCUUCAUUAUCCGCUGAUUAGCGUUCAUAACGUGUACGUCUUUCCUGGGAUCCCGUCUUCAUUAGAGACGACAUUCAAAGGAAUGGAGCAUCUCUUCGCCGGUUCAGGGACCACGUUUUACACUCGUGAGGUGUUCGUCAACGCGGAUGAGGCAGAGAUCGCCGCAGUGCUGACCAAGCUGCAGGCUGGUUGGGGAAAGAAGGUGGCUCUUGGCUCCUACCCUGCUUGGCUCAGUAACUACCACCAAGUCCGGCUGGUCCUGGACUCAGACAGCCAAGAGGAGGUGGACAAGGCCCACACACAGCUGCAAGAUGAGCUGCCAAAGGGAAGCGUGGUGGCCUUAGUCACGGACCCAGUGUCCGUCGCCCCUGCUGAGGUGUACAAGCUGGCCAACAGUGGGACGCCGCUGGGCGAGAAGGUUGCGUCCGCUCUGAGAACCAUCGAGGCCGCCCUGGAUCGUUAUUCCACGGAGGAAGUGUGCGUUGGCUUCAACGGAGGCAAAGACUGCACGGCGCUGCUCCACCUCUACUACGCCGCUGUGAAGCGGCGGCACCCAGAAAGUAAAGACAAGGUGAAAGCUCUGUACAUCCGCAUCAUCUCUCCAUUUCCAGAAAUGGAGAGGUUUCUCCAGGACACAAUAAAAAGAUAUGACCUGGAGCUGUUCUCCGUGGAGGGCAGCAUACGGCAGGCGCUCAACGAGGUGCAGGAGAGGAGGCCGGAGUUAAAAGCUGUGCUGAUGGGGACCAGGAAGACCGACCCGUACUCUCACACCCUCACCCCCAUGUGUCCCACUGACCCCGGCUGGCCAGACUACAUGCGAGUCAACCCUCUCCUAGACUGGACGUAUCGUGACAUCUGGUCGUUCUUGAGGACACUACAAGUCCCCUACUGUAUUCUGUACGAUAAAGGGUACACGUCGCUGGGCAGCAUGGACAACACGUGUCGGAACCCGGCCCUGCAGAUGGUGGACGGCAGAGGGCUGAGGCGCUACAGGCCGGCCUACCUGCUGGAGAACGAGGAGGAGGAGCGAACCUCCCGCGCCUGAGGCAGCCUCCCCCGCCUCCCCCGCGUCACCUGCUGAUGGCUGAUGGACUCGGACUCAUCACUCGCACAUGUUCAACACUGGGGAAAUAGUUUUUUUUAAUCCUAGCAGAAGAAACGACACGUCAUCAGUGAGAUAAGAUGAUAUGGUGGAGGGAGGGAUGUGUGCUAUGUGUAUACAGUACUUGCGAGGCUAAAGUAAUGGCCCUCUGCCGUUGAAUAAAACAUCAAUAUGUCA